UUUGAAUGCCAGUGCAGCUUCACGUCUUUGGUGGCGAGUUCUGGUCGAGGAUCUACCUGGCCUGUUGUAUUUCUAAUAAUUUUUCAUCAUCAAGUCAGUGAAGUCAGCUUGUUCAUGUAGACCACAUCGACGGGGAAUUUAUUUUGUGACUGAACGUGCUGUUUGAAGUAAUCACUAGUACUGUAGUUCACGAACAAAGCUGACUGUGGAUCGUCGCUCAUUCGAUCAGCUAAAUCUAAAAUUUCUGGGAUUAUUUUCAAAGAGGAAUGAAUUGAUUUCCGAGUAUUAUCUACGGUGCCUGUGACGGUGAUCAAAGCUAAAUUUCUAGCAGCAUUGUUUAUCGACCUCUCGAGUCACCUCUCGGUGAAUCCAUUCUUUGUUUUACCCAGCGCAGUCCAUGAUGGAUCCGGAGACUGUGCGCAAGAAGUAUGGAGAUCUGCCUCAUACUUGGUUCGAAUUUCUGUUUGACCACGCACUGGUCGUGAAGCACUUGACAUUACUGGAUAGUUCUCCUAAUAGCGAUCCCUCAGCAUGUCAAAUGAUAUCGGCCUUCAUGGAGAAAAUUUCAUCAGAGGCUCUGCAGGAAUCACAGCUGGCAUGUGCUCCGAUGCUUCGUCAGCUGGCGCUGUACGUAGCCGGCUGGCUCAAGUGGAAUCUGAUGCGGCUGAUGGCCUCCGUGUCCUUUGCCAGCCAGGUCGGCCUUCUGGAGGCGCUACAGACGAAAGCACAGAUCCAGCUCCUGCCCAACACCUCUCUCAAGGAGCAGUCCCCGGCUGCGGCAAUGGUCCACAUCUUAUUUGCUCGAUGGGUGGUGAAAAGUGUCACUGUGCACUUGUCCCGCUCAGCCAAAGUGCAGGAUUCAGUGAUUGCCAACUCGAAUCAGAUGGAGAACGUCCUGCAGCCCCUCCUGCCGUACGCCAUCAACAUCCUGCAGUGUGCAGUGGACGACAAAGAUGCCCUGGAUGGCAGGCCACUGUUCUUGCCGGUGUUGGAGCUCUCCGCUGUGCAGGCAGUGGGCGGUGAUGCUAUAUCUGCACUCAGUAUUCGCUGUCAGGUCUGCUCUGAGCUCGGGCAGCUGCUGUUCCAGGAAGGCAAGUUUGCACAGGCCUGCGUUAUGCUGCAGCGUGCCAAGGAGAUGAUCUCGGAUGUCGCCGAUGAUGAUAUUUUCUGCAUUAUCGACAGGAAGAUCCUGGAAGCCAACCUACUCGUUUGUCUGCAGGUUACUGAGCCACCGAAUGGCAAAGUAUCUGUAGCGCUCUCAUCUGGUGGUGCUGGCAAUCAUGUUGCCAGGCUGGUGAUGAAGACCGAGCAAUGUCGGAGAUAUGGCAUGCUAAAGGGCAUGGAUUCUGUGCUGAUGGAUGCUAGUGGUGGAGCACUGGCAGUGCCACCGCCUUACAAAUGCGACCUCGAGGACAGCCUUGCGCUCACCGCGCACCGUGGCCUGCGAUCGGUUGGUCAACCGUCACCGACGGGCAGUGUGGCGGCUUCCUCCACCGACCCGACCGCGGUGGAUGCCGUAGAGAUGAACUGGCGCGUGAGCGCAUGUAAUGCCGUGCACAAUACCGUUCUUGGUAUGCCCGUCUCGCCGUCCUUCUGGGUUACGUGGUACCAAGCGGAGAGCAAGGAGCAUGUCAUGUACCUACUCGAUGUCUGCUUGGAGUUUCUGAAGCAUGCGUCUUCUCGCCGCGCUGCUGCUGCUCUACACCGCUUUGCCACGGUAGUGUGUCAGUCAAGCAGGUACUCCGACAGCUACAUGCAUCUGCUGCAAAAGCAUGCGCUUGCUUCAACACGUCGAGAAGUCGAAAUGGAGGAUGACUGCAAUUCGGCUGAAAGAGCUGCUGAUGCACCUGCCAGGAAAUCCUCGCACGACAGUGGCCGUUACCCGUGGGCAGAUCGUCACAGUGCUCUCAACCAGGAGUGUCAGCUGCUGUCUAGCUCCAAGGUCGAAGAGAUGCGAUCACUUCUGCAGGAUCUGCAACGCUGGCCUACUGGUCACGCUCGUUUUGGUCUGAGCGAGUGGUGGAAUAAGGAGCGGCAUGGCGAUCACUUGCUCAGUGUUCUGCUAGUCAAGGCCAAUCACCUUCAACAAGCCAAGUCGUUUACUGAAGCUGAGCAGGUGUUGGGUGCGGCCUGGCAGCUUGCUGAGGCACUCCACCCGGCGACAGUGAAGAACGAUGUAUUGCGUCGACUAUCCGACUCGCAGCUCAGCCUCGACAUUCAGCAGUAUCUUGCCAUACAGCGGAAUGAUCAGCAAAGAUUUGUUCGUCUUAUUCGCGGCACAAAGGACUUUCUCCACAAGGCGUCGACAACACCAGCAGCAGCAACAGCAGCUUUCUCCAACCCUUUGCUUGAGGCCUGCUGUAUCUUCCUGACCAAUGUCAGAGAAGCUAUGUCUGCGCACGAUCUACUCGUUCGACUUGACCUAGGCCGUGCUUCAAAAACGGUGCAGCUGUGCCAUGCGUUGAUGGCUACUAUGCUAGCAAUCUCUACGAAUAGUGGACAAGAUCCUCGUAAACCAGCACGCAUUCUCUUUGAGCAAGUGUCGGAAUUGUUGAUACAGCCGACGCAGCACAAGAGAUCGAGUGAAGGUCUGAAAAAGGAGUCCUUGCAGAGGGCCAAGGCAGCUGAGGCUAAACGGAUGGUUCUACUGGACUUGGCUAAACACAUCACGGAACCAGUCGUGCUGAGUGUACUAGUGUCUUGUCUUGUUCGCAUACACACCGCCCUGGUGCUACACGAAUCUGGAGAUGGCGGAGACUCGAAAAGUUCUCCCACUCCCAAAAUCCCGGACAUUUCCUGCCAGCAUCCGCUGUGCUGGCCGGUGGCAGUUAAUAGUCCGUCGAACAUGGUUCGAUCUGAGAUAUUGCUGAUGCUGCAACAGAUCCUGGACCACUGCCUGAGCCACCAUCCCAAUCAUCCCGGUUUUAUGUGCACGGCAGCUGAUGUCUUAGUGGUGUCUCAACACUACACGUCAGCGUUGAAGCUGUACAUGAGUCUGGGCGCAGCACACUCGAAUUUCUUCACCACACCUGUGCCCGUGGAGAUCUGGACUGACCAGGUUUACCGUUCAAUGAUCACAUGUUGCCAGGGCAUCAAUGCGUUCACUCAGGCCACUGUGCUCUGUCAGCUACUCACUCCCGUCGACUACCAGCUGGCCAAUCACUGUAUACAGCAGACUAACUGCUUUGAUGCCAUGGAGUUCUUCUACGACUGCAUCUGGGACUUGAUGAUCUUGGAGUAUGCUGUCCACACGCAUACUCACCGUGGAGAGGAGGAGAAGCGGCAAGUAGCCGUAAACAACAUUGGUGAUCCAGACCUCAACACGGCAAACAGCGCCGAAACCAUUCGAAAAGCCGUGCAGAUACGUCUGACCAAGUUCCUCCGGCGGAUGGCCACGCUCUACAUCUGAGGGGAGCCACUUGUUCCUCUGUUCUGUGUGUGCGCAUGUGUGUUGUGUGUGUGUGUGUGUGUGUAUGUGUGUGUGUGUGUGUUUGAUGUUGCAUGUGGCUAGUGCAAUAGAGAGCUGAUCAUGCUGUUCUUUAGGCUGAGACUAGCAACUGCUGGUGUCUUUGCUGUGCUUUCGGUGCAGCAUUGAAGAUGUUGUUCUGUUCUGGCGCCGUGCGUUUCUCCAAAGCAAGUAUUCCCGCUGUGUUUGCUACACGCUAACCGAUAUUUCCACUUUAUUUUGCAACGCUUAAUGUAGGUCUACUGCCUGCUUAAGCCAUUGACAGAGUUGCUGUUGACGUUUCGCUGUUUGAGUGAGUACUUUUAAGACGCGUGUGUGUGUGUGUGUGUGUGUGUGUGUGUGUGUGUGUGCGUUGUGAUGCUCUUGAUGAGAUCAUAGGCUGCAAUCACUUUUUUCCGCUGUUAAUUUUUGCUACAGUGCAUGGCGACGAGGCCUGUGAGGACAUGCUGCUUCUGUUAUUGCUAUCUUUUUGUUCUUCUUUUUUUUACAAGUCUCCAGUGUAGUGUUCUGCCACCCAGAGCAGGUCGUUACUUUUAUUUUCCUUUCAUGUUAUUUUAUGGGUCUUCAGCCCAGCCAUGCCA